AUGAAGGGAGCUAUUUUCGCCGCCGCCUUGGUCGGCUCUGCCAUGGCCGAUGGCGUUCACCGUCGCCAUGAUGCUUUCCACCAGCGUCGCGAGGCUGCUGUCAGCGCCUGGUCCUCUGCCCCUGCUGAGGCCGAGCAGACCUGUGGUUGCACCACCAAGGUUAUCACCGUCUACGGCUCCGCUACCCUGGUCGACGAGUCUGUUGUUCCCGCUACAUCGACCUCUGUUCCCGUCGAGGCUGUUCCCGCUACUUCCUCGGUCCCUGCUGAGACUGUUGCUAUUCCCUCUUCCUCCUCUACUCCCAUCGCUAUCCCCGAGACCAGCACUCACACCAGCACUGUGCAAUCCACCAGCACCAGCACUUUGACCGUCACCGUCUCUGGUGUUGGCGCAGAGUCUGCUUCGUCCUCGGUGCCAGCUGUUAGCACCUUCGCUACCUCCAGCGUCGCUAGCACCCCUGCCGUUGUGCUGCCCACUCCCGGUGUGAGCACCUUCUCCACCACUGGUGUCUACACCAUCCCGGCCACCACCAUCACCGUCUGGGACACCACCACCGUCUGCGGUGCCACCUCCACUGAGGUCCCCAGCGGUACCGUCACCUACGGUGGUGUUACCACCAUUGUCGAGACUGCCACUACAGUCACCUGCCCCUAUGCCACCGUCAAGCCCUCCGGCAGCACCGUGACCAGCGUGAUUGAGACCACCACCUACAUCUGCCCCUCGGCUGGUACCUACACCAUUGUGCCCCCUACCACCACCUCUGUGCCUACCAGCACCGUUCUGGUCUACCCUACCCCCCAGACCAUUGUCCCCGGUACCUACACUCAGGAUGAGACCACCGUCACCGUGACCCGCACUGAUUACACCUACAUCUGCCCUGCUGCCACCAACACCCUGGCCUCGACCACCGCCGCCGUUGUGCCUACCACUGCCGCUGCCGCUACCACUGCCGUCCCCGUCGUCAGCACCAGCACUGUCGCUCCUGUUGUUCCCGUCAGCACCAGCACUGCUUCCGUUGUCAGCUCCUCCAGCUCCACCUCCAGCUCUGCCUCCUCCUCCUCCACCGCCAAGGCCACUGGUGUCCCCACCGUCCUCGGUGAGGGCCAGUACGGUAUGACUUACUCCCCCUACACCGCCGCUGGUGACUGCAAGACCAAGGCCGCCGUUCUCUCCGACCUCACCACCAUCAAGAGCAAGGGCUUCAACCUGGUCCGUGUCUACUCCACUGACUGCAGCGGUCUGGAGUACAUCGGCGAGGCCUGCAAGUCCCUCGGCAUCAACAUCAUCAUGGGUGUCUACAUUGACGGCUCCGGUGUCUCCGCCGCCAAGGAGCAGGUCACCGAGAUCAUCGCCUGGGCCGAGUGGUCCAUGGUCGAGCUGAUCGUUGUCGGUAACGAGGCCAUCCAGUCCGGAUACGUCGACGCUGCCACCCUGGCCUCCUUCAUCGAGUCCUCCGCCGCUAGCUUCAAGGCCGCCGGCUACACCGGUCUGGUCACCACCACCGAGCCCAUCAACGUCUGGCAGCAGUACGGCUCUGCCACUCUCUGCAGCGCCGUCGACAUCGUCGGUGCCAACAUCCACCCCUUCUUCAACGCCGAUGUCACCGCCGCCCAGGCCGGUGAGUUCACCAAGAGCGAGUUCGAGGAGCUCGAGGAGAUCUGCGGUGGAAAGGACGUCAUCAACCUCGAGACCGGCUGGCCCAACGCCGGUGACUCCAACGGCGCCGCCGUCCCCGGUGUCUCUGAGCAGGCCACUGCCAUCAAGUCCAUCGCCGCCAGCGUCGGCUCCAAGUCCAUCUUCUUCUCCUUCUCUGACGACACCUGGAAGAGCCCCGGCGAGUUCAACGUUGAGCAGCACUGGGGUUGCUCUUCCGUCUUCUAA